UACGAAUGUUUAUUUUGGUGAAUGACGUAGGCCUAGUUAGCGAAAGAGUGGUCAAUCACCUUUCUUUGUUUUGUAUUUAAUUUGUGAUAGAUAACGCACUUCUUUUCAGUUUCUACUAUACUUGACAAAUGGCUGACCAACUGAAGUCAUCAGACGACCAUGAAGGAACUGAAAAAGAUUCAUUAUUUUCCCGUUCAGCGCUUCGAUCUGCCCCAGGCCAAGGCCAGGCCUCCAGCUCUAGCCGGGGUACGGGAGAUAAUCAUCUUACGCCAGCGUAUCCUUCGUUCGAUAUACCAAGCAUCUUGCAGGGUAUCGAUAGGAAUCUACAUAGCUAUGAUAUGUCACAUGCCAAACGCGGAAAAGCGGUCAUCUUCAACCAUGAGGAUUUCCACCCAAACACACAAAUGCCACGUAGACGAGGAACACACCAUGAUGUCAACAACCUUAAGAAACAGCUGACACGCCUUCAAUUUGAUGUCAUAGUUCAUCAAGAUUUGACUGUUGUGCAAUUAUGGGAUGCCAUCACAUAUGUGUCAUCAGAAAGCCAUGAGAAUUCAGAUUGUUUUAUUUGCGUGUUCCUCACUCACGGCGAUAAUGACAUUAUCUAUGCACAUGAUGGUGUACUGAAGCUGCAAGACCUCUUUGAUCGCUUUAGAGGAGAAAGGUGCAAAAGUUUAGUAGGCAAACCAAAGAUUUUCUUAAUACAGGCAUGUCGUGGAGAGGAACAUGAAACUGGCAUCGAUGCCAUGGAUGGAGUGAAAGAUAUUGAUGUAGCUGAUGCAGGCCCAAGGCCUACAGUACCUUGUGGAGCUGAUUUUCUUUUGGCCUAUUCUGUGGUACAAGGAUUUUAUUCCCACCGUGACACCGGAUUUGGUUCCUGGUUCAUCCAAGCCCUUACCUUUGUCAUGGAGCGUUACGGAACCACAAUGGAAUUCACAGACAUGCUUCUGUUGGUGAACCAUAUCGUUUCCCAACGCUCAGUUCAGAUGUGCAGCGAUCCUAGUAUGAUUGGCAAGAAGCAGAUACCUUGUUUCAUAUCAAUUCUGACAAAGAAACUGUACUUCAAUCCAAAGUGAGAAGGAGAAAACGAGUAGCUAUAAUCUUUGUAUUCUGUUAUUUUCAUCAUCAUCAAAUAUACUUUUCAUCAUUUGAAAUAAAAUGUAAUCAGGAGAUGAAACUAAUUGAAGAAGAGCUGAAGAGUAAAAAAUUAAUGUUGUGUUUACACUAUUCUAGUUUACAUGGGGAGGUGGGGGGAUUUUUGAAGCUGCCAGUAAGUAAAUUAAAGUAACUUUAUGAGUAAGCCAAUGAUUUUGAAUUUGUGAUACAAACACGAUUAAAGUGUCUGAUUUUAGAAUCAAAGUUUUGCAAUUUAAUUACAAUGGUUGAAAAUCUAUCAAAUUCAAUCUUGGAAAUUGCACCCUAUACUAAAGUAUGCCUCAGGGAAGUGUUUCAAAGAACCAUUUUCAUCAUAUGCCAGUGGAGUAUACAAAAUGCAGUAUAUUAUAUUAAAUCAUGAAAAUUUUAUAAAAUAAUUUUAGGAAGAAUUGACUGCAUGUUCCGUAUGUGUUGUAGAAAACUAGAAGUGUAAACUACACUUGCCAUCACUCCAAAUUUACCGUACAUACUUGCGUAUAAAGCAACCCACGUAUAAAACGACCUAAGAUUUCUGGACAAUUUUCAUAUGACGGGCGUAUAAGACGACCCGUCUAUUUCAUCAUCCAUUUUUACUGCUUUUUAAGGCCUCUUUAUACUGCAUCUACUGUACAAUACGCACAUAAGACGAAAUGAUUUUUAAAAUUUAAAAUUUGUAUGUUGUGCCCAUACGACGACCCACUGUUUUUUUUAUUGUAAUUUCCUAUUUUAAGCCUCGUCUUAUACUUGAGUAUAUAUGGUACGUUACUUGUGGAUGCUGUGAUAACGUAUGGUGUAGGAAAAAUACCGGUGCUAGUUACAACAGCAAUAACAGUUUAUAUUCUGAUUAUUUGUUUUUAUGGUAGCCUAUACCUUCCACUGUGAUUAUCCAGAUUAUAACAGUGGAUAUUAAUAGCUAAUCAUGAGAGAUAUUUUUGUUCACAUUUUAUACAUUUUUCUAGAUCAGAGCUUUGCCUUGCAAAAUUAUCAUCUUACUCCUUGUGGCCACUGUUUAGUACUAUCUUUACUCUAGCCCUCACUAAGUGGGGAAGAAGGUUGGUAUUGCAAUGAGCUCUGCUGUGUGUCUGUCCUUCCGGGAGCAUAACUCAAAAACUAUUGGACCGUUUAACCUCGGAACUUUUUCAUAUUGACAUUAUUACAUGUAUCUCGGUUCUCCUCGAACUUGGUGCUCAUCAGAAAUAAGAUAUAGAUUUUAGAACAUUAUUUAUGUAGUUUUAGGUCUCAACUCACAGAGCCAUUUGGCUAAGACAGACUGACUUAGCGGAUCGACCACGGACCUACCAUGUGUCAAAUUCUGGCCGGCGGAUGCAGUGGAGAAGUAAGAUGCAGAUUUUAGAAUGUUUUAAUCUGCUGUCCCAAUUUAAAAAAACAAAAUUUGUGAAAAAUAAUAAAAUAUAGUAUUCUAUAGAUGUACAAAUAAUAAAAAUAACAAAAUAAUUUUUUUAAAUCCCACAAAAAACGAGAUUUGAACCGCAUACCUUCGAUUAACUUUACCUCUUUCACCUGAUAUGUAUAGCUGGUAAUAUUACACCCCUAUAAUACAAUAACCUGCAGCAGAUGGAGUGCAGCGGAUGGAGUGCAUUGGUUAUAUACAAUGAUAUGGCGUGACAGGGCGAGAGUUUGUAAUUUCAGAUUAUUUUGGGUUUUUUUAGCAACAUGUUUAUCAGGAUUACCAUCAAGAAUGCACUUUGAAUCUAGUCUGUCAGUAAUAAUUAGCAUUUUCGGUAAACCUACCAAAGGGAAACAUUCCAUGUACCACACACAUAUUUAUGUAUGUCAAAGCUGGGCUUAUUGGAAUGGUCCAUAUGAAAAAUCAUGGGAGUGGGGCUAGGUCAAAUGAUCAGUGGACAAUACAGUAACAUCAGUCAAUGCUGCAAGUUUUUUUUUUAAUGAGGAAUAUUCUACUAAGUGAACAUUAUUUUAUUACUCUUUUGUCACAGAUUGAAUCAUGUUUACAUUAUUCGAAACUUUUGCUUAACUAUUUUAUGUACUUACUGUAAAUGUACUGUAUUUAUAAUUAAGAGUUACAUAAUCUUCCAAUUAUUUAACAACCAAAUUGUAGUAGUACUUAAAUUUGCAUUCUCAUAAAUAUAGAAUGUGCAAUAUAUUUAUCCAGAUA